AUGUCAGACCUUUACGACUACGUAGAUGAACAACAUAACGUAUUGCUACCAUCUGGAUACGCAAGUGCGCAGGUCUUUGACGAGGACGAUGCGCCAGAUACUAUACACAUCCGCUUUCGAGGUGAUCAGUGGCCGAUAGACUUUCCACCCUACUCUAUAGCAGAAGAGAAGGUCCUCGUCAAGCACGUUCGUGAUAGAGUUGCGUUGCGGCUAGGAUUGGAUGGGGAGGAAGACAGAAUCAAAUUGAUGUACAAAGACAAAGAGUUGAAGUGGAAUAGUGAGGCACUUCGCAAAUAUGGCUGCAAGCAGAACAGCGAGAUCAUGGCUAUCCUGCAACAGGAGCCAGUGAACCAUAACCGCAAAACCGAUCGUGGGAAAGAUAGUGAAAGUGAAGCAUACGUUUCGUCAGCCAGGCCGACUAAGGAAGAAGGCCGACGUCGCUCAAACUCGACCUACAGAAGACGUGACCCAGUCGAUGAUCCACGAUCUGGCUACCCUUCAGCAAACGGUCAUCUUCAUCCACACGACACACCACCUAUGGGCAACACUCCGCCUCGCCAACCCUCGCCAAUACGACCUACAAAUCAAAGACCACAACGUCAAUCAUCCCCAGUGUCAAGUGCACCUCCAGCUCGUCCCACAGCUCCUGCAGUACAACCACCACAAGCAGACCCCUCCACAGAUCUCGGCAAAAUGCAACAGCUCCGAUACGAGUUCCAUUCACAAUGGGUCCCUCUAAUCGAAAGCUUCCUCCGAUCACCUCCCUCAGACAGAGACGAGCGAGACAAAGAGUACAGAAGAUUGAACGAGAUUGCAUACAAGAAAGUCUUUGAGCCUGGCGAUCUGAUGCAGCCGGAAGGAGCAGAUAAGGUGGAGACCAAGGCGACGCGGAAGAAGUUGUAUAAUGAGGCUACGGGUAUAUUGAAAGAUCUUGAUAAGUAUAAGCCGAGGGAAGGGAAAUAG